AUGUCUAUUACAUCAAGUGUUAAUACAACAAAAUAUGGCUUUGUUCCCCUUUAUCUGGCGCUCUUCGCCGUCACAGUGCUUCUCUUUCUGAGCCCUACGAUUGCAUGGCGCCCAUGGCCCCACAACAAAACCAAAGCUCAAUUAGAUUCAAUCUUCGGAGACUCCAAGAAAUUCGAGACCUCAUCAUCGGAGUUUGUCCACAUGAAAUACCACAUGGGACCUGUCUUAACCUCUAACAUAACCGUCCACGUAAUCUGGUACGGCACGUGGCAACGUAGCCAAAAGAAGAUCAUCCGGGAGUUCAUCAACUCGAUCUCAGCCAUCAAUUCUCGACACCCUUCGAUCUCAGGGUGGUGGAGCACCGUACAACUGUACACGGACAAAACAGGCGCAAACAUUUCCAGAACGGUGCGUUUAGGACAGGAGAAGAACGACUGAUUUUACUAGCACGGAAAGUCCCUCACGCGCUUAGCCAUUCAACGCGUGAUUAAGAGCACCGUAACAGCCAGGUCAAAAUCGUUACCGGUGAACGCAAGAAGCGGUUUGUAUCUUUUGCUCACAUCUGAUGACGUGGUCGUUCAGGAUUUCUGCGGACAAGUUUGUGGGUUCCACUAUUUUACAUUACCGUCAGUCGUGGGGUACACACUCCCAUUUGCGUGGGUGGGGAACUCUCAGAAGCUUUGUCCAGGCGUCUGUGCAUACCCGUUCGCCGUACCGGAUUAUAUCUCGGGGCUUAAGCUGUUAAAGUCACCCAACGGUGACAUGGGUGUGGAUGGCAUGGUGAGAGUGAUUGGGCAAGAGAUUGCUGAGCUGGCAACAAACCCUUUGCUGAACGCCUGGUACGGUAGCGGGCGAGGGCAAGACCCGAGCUUCAAAUUAGAGAUAGUUGAUUUGUGUGAAGGAAUCUAUGGUACCGGUGGUGGUGGGUCCUACACAGGACAACUACUCAACGGUGAGGAUGGUGCCGUGUUUAACAUGAAUGGGAUCAGACGGUGGUUCUUAGUUCAGUGGGUUUGGAAUCGCAUGGUUAAUUAUUGUUCAGGACCAAAUGCACUUGUUCAGAAUAGCAAUACCAUUACCUUAAGUUUGUUAGUUCUGUAA